AUGAGUAGGUCGUUGCUGUUCACUCCAAGUGCUGCGAAAGAAUCUAAGCCACCACCUUGUGCUCAGGAUUACCCUAAAUUUAAUCAUAUGUAUUGCAGAUGUGUUGUUCUUCCGCCUCUUUGUGCAGAGCUGCGAAAUAUGGUAAUGCAACCAAUGAUUUUGCCCAUGGUUCUAACCAUUGCAGAGUCGCAGGAUAAAAAUGAUUUUGAGCUAUCAACAUUACCAGCUCUUGUUCCUGUGUUGAGUACUGCUGCAGGUGAGACACUUUUGCUACUUGUGAAGCAUGCAGAGCUAAUUAUCAACAAGGCUAGUCAGGAGCACUUGGUUUCACAUGUCCUACCCAUGCUUGUUCGAGCUUAUGAUGAUAAUGAUGCUCGCCUGCAAGAAGAAGUUUUGAAAAAGAGUGUAUCCCUUGCCAAGCAACUUGAUGUUCAGGAUAUUUUCCUGCUUGAUGGACAUCAUGGAGAUAUUGUUGACUUGCUUCAGAAACCCGAGAAGUUCAUGAUCUUAAAGAGUCCUGACUUGCUUAACAUCAUGAACGUCAUGGCCAUUAACAUGAUUAGGCUCCUCUCCAUUUGA